GCUGGCCCCAGCGAACGCUGGUUUCGGGGCGCGGGAACGGGCCGGAGAAUUAGGGUGCGGGGAGACUCCCCCGGGCGCGGCCGCCGCUGAUCCGCUUACUGACCGCUGACCUGCGGGGCGCGGGGCCGCCGGGCGUCCUCCUGGCAACUUUGUAUUCCCGCCCGGCCCUGAACAUUGGCCGCAACGUUCGGCAGAAUUAUCUCGGCAGCCCUUGUCAGGACUGGGACUGGGUGGUAGAAAUUUUCCAGCCUCUUUUUUUAUACCUCCACUUUUUAAUUUAAAAAAAGAGAGAGAAAAAAAAAAGCCCAAGGUCUCACUCAGAACCAAAUAGGACCUUUUAGGGGCAGAGACUGAAGUGGAACUUGGGUCCGGAUGGCAUUAGCUCUGUGUCUGCAGGUACUGUGCAGCCUGGGGAUCUGGCUCUCACUCUACGCUUCUUUCUGCCGUCUGAAUAAGAACCGGGGCUACGAGUGGAGCUGCCGGCUCGUCACCUUCACCCACGGAGUCCUCUCCAUUGGCCUCUCGGCGUAUAUUGGCUUCAUCGAUGGCCCCUGGCCCUUCACCCACCCAGGCGCACCCAACACCCCUCUGCAGGUGCACGUGCUGUGUCUCACGCUGGGCUACUUCAUCUUCGACCUGGGCUGGUGUGUGUACUUCGGCUCGGAGGGGCCGCUGAUGCUGGCGCACCACACCCUGAGCAUCCUGGGCAUCACCAUGGCGCUGGCGCUGGGCGAGUCGGGCACCGAGGUCAACGCCGUGCUCUUCGGCAGCGAGAUCACCAACCCGCUGCUGCAGCUGCGCUGGUUCCUGCGCGAGACGGGCCACUACCACGGCUUCGCAGGCGACGUGGUGGACGUCCUGUUCGUGGCGCUGUUCACGGGCGUGCGCAUCGGCGUGGGCGCCCGCCUGCUGCUCUCCGAGCUGGCCUCGCCCAAGCCCCGCUGGUUUGUGAAGGCGGGCGGCGUGGCCAUGUACGCCGUGUCCUGGUGCUUCAUGGUGAGCAUCUGGCGCUUCGCCUGGAGGAAGAGCGUCAAGAAGUACCGCGCGUGGAGGAGCCGGCGGAGCGAAGAGCGCCCGCACCCGCACAACGGACACCUCAAGGCGCACUAGCGGGGCCCCCAUCGGGACCAGGGUGGAAAUACAGUGCUGGUGGCCUGGCGCUGCUGAGGACAGACUUGGUUUUCAGCCCCCCCCAUCCCCGUGGCACAUGGCCACCGGUGAGGGGCUCUGAGCUCUGUCCCCAGAAGUAGUAUCAAACUGGCGUUGCCAAGGGACAAGGGUGAUCUGGUGGAGGUGAGGGGUUCAGAACUCAGAGCACUGCCUCUCUUCUCCUUCGGGGCUUCCCAAGGGGUCUCGUGCCUUGGGCCUUCUGAGCAUGGGAUCCGGGCAUGGGAUGUGUUGGAACAAAGGGGGUCGUGGAAGAUGGGAGCAGAAUGGGGAUGAAAUGGAGGCACGUGGGGGAGGGGUCUUACUUGAGUUUAGCCAAGCCCACCGUGUGUGGGGAGUCAGGGCUGCCCACCCUAGGCUGGGCUCUGACUUCUGAGAACGAGACAGCUGAGCAGAAGGAAAGGCACCUGGACGUGGCCCAGGGAAGCUUCGGGAGUCCAGGCCCAGCUGCCUUGGGGAUGCACAGUCCGUGUUAAGUUCCAGAAGCAGGUGUUCUGAGGCAGUGUGAGUGAGCCCGUCCUGUGGGUGGCUCAGACAGCCAAAGGCCCGAGUCCCAGCAGGAAGCCAGUGACCGGGUCCUUCAGGCACUUCUCACAGGAGCACUUCGGACAUUUCAGUUCCCAGAUGUCUGCUGAGGGCUGGCGUGGCCAGCAGCCCUAUGUGAGGGCAUUGGUUCCGGCUGCCCUGGGGCCCUCUGCAGAGUCUGGGUUGGCCCCGAGAUGGGAGACCCAGGGACCGGCCAUUGCUGGGUCCUGUUGUGCGGGUUCUGCCCCAGCAGAAAGACGAUGCCAGUUCUCAGGGCUUUUGUGCAUUAAUCUCCCAGGCAUGAGAGGCUGUGGCUAAAUUCCACAGGGAUUUACCCUGCAGAUUCCGCUGUGUUCUCAGUGGCGGUUCAGGUUUCAACUCCACUCUGCACAGUUGCGAACUUGCACCAAAGAUCCAGGGUUUUGGCCUCUGGGUGACGAGGCUCCUGAGGAUUUUUUUUUUUUCCUCAGAGAACUCUGAGGAAAACACUCCCUCUUUGGCCUUUUUGCUUUUUCUCUGAUAGAUCAGGAAGCAUGGGGGAUAAAAAAUAUGACAAGGAGGCGAUUCUCAUCUCCAAAGAAAAACCAAAAUGAAACAUUUCUGAGACUCCCCUGAGUCGCACCCAGGGAGGGUGGGUGAGACUAAGCUGAGACUCCCGGGGCUUUGGACCAAGAUUCUGGGGUCUUGUCACCCCUUUGCUCCUCACUAGCCAGCUCCUUGGGGGCAGGUCACCUCUUUACUCAACCCUGUGGGAAAUGAAGGAAGUGCCCCAAGAGGCCUGCAUGGUGCCAGGGCAGGGGCUUUUAUUAAUGAAGGGCGUUAGUGUGGUCUGAAUUUUCAGGAAAAAAUAGUGAUGUCUUUAUUUAUUUCUGUAUUUCUGAAUGUUCUUGUGGUUAAUUUUAUUGGGUUCUAUCGUGGGAGCCAGUGACGAUGGCGCAGCUCAGCGGGAUUGCUCGUGGACAGGGCUAUUGAGGUCCAGGCUCUGAAGGUCAUCGGGAAGUGUUGGCCCAUUGGAGGGCUGUGUGCCAUACAAGCCUGUGAUUUUGAAAAGGGGUGGUUCUGGCCAGGCAUGAGUGACCACAGCGUGUUAGCUCUGCUCUUGGGGAAGUAGUACACAGGACACAGGCGUAGCCCCUCAGAGGGCUGACUGUCCCUUGAGGUUGUUGAGUUUUGCUGGACAUGAGGCUCAUCUGAUGGGUGAGCACUUUCUUCCCCGAUCGUUGGUGUGUCUGAAACAUGGAUUAGCACCUUUCCAACAAAGCUCUGUCUGGCCAAAGUAGGGCACUGGGGAGUGCUGAUAUUUAGCAAGAGCCAAGUGGAGAAGAGUGUCUUGGCACGUGAACCUCAAAAAAAAAAAAAAAGAAAGAAAGAAAAAGCUGGCUGUUGAAUUUUGGUACAGAGCAGCCUGUUCCGUACCAGACAAAGGAAUAGGCCUGAUCUGGAACCGAUUCUUUCCUCCUCAGUCUGUACAAGCCAAGGGCCCACAGAUUCACACUGGGGGGGGGGGGUGGAGAGGAGGGGGGCACAGUCCCUCUGGGUUUUGCAUUUGUAUAAAUCUCUGUGGUGAGAGACUUUGCUUCAGCUCUUCUUGAUGCUACAUGUAGCUAACUCUGCAGGACCCUCGCAAAGGCUGUGCCACUUCGGAGUGAAAUGAAGAUGACUCAGCAGUUCAGAGGCUGAAUUGUCACUGGCAAAAUGAAGGGCUUAUUAACAUGCGGUAUGGACCGACCGAAUGAAGUGCUCAUUUGCAUACGGAUUACUGUGUAAUAAUAUUGCUCAAGAAGGAUUUAUACUUCAAUAUUAUUUGUACUAAAUUUUAUAGAAAUAAACCAGAGGAAAAAUAAA